AUGUCCGGGCAGCAACCGCCGCCGUAUGGAAAUGGGCCGCGUGGUUGGAAUCCACGUGCUCAGAAUCCCGCCUCUCCGUCGCCGUCUACCUUCCUCUACCGUCCACCAUCGCCCUGGACGACGGCACCGAGUCCGCCGCCGAUUAUCUCAGGACCUCGGCCCUUUGGGCAUGCAAUGUCACCGGCUCCCCUCAACCAGGUGAGGGGCCAACGUGGCAGCACCAAUAUACCCCAUCCACGACCUCAGUGGCCGGGUGGCAACCAAUCGCCGGCUCCCUACCAGCAGCAGCAACAACAGCAGCCACCUCCAAGUGGUUACUACGGAGCUGGGGCAUCGCCGGCACCGCGUCCCUACCGUCCGGCGCCUCUGCAGCACCAGAACUCGUAUGGAGCUCAGCCGACAAGCUCGUUUCAGCUGUCGCCAACACCAUCGCCCAUUGUGUGCCAGACACCCAAUUCGGACUUUAACUACAGCAAUCGACAGACACCCCUAUACCAUCCACAACAGGCACCGCCGCCACAAUAUUAUCAGCAGCAGGGAGCGCCGGUGAUUCCACCGCAACCGAGACAACACGGAGGACACGGACUGGCCCAGGAUCAGAUCGAUUUCGUGGGCGUACCGCUGGAGCCUCCGCAACCUAAAUCAUAUGUGAUUUACGAUGAUGAAGAGGAGUUUGGUCCGUCUACAGCUGAAAUUAUAGCGAAUCAAUCGCAGGACUAUAUCGACGAGAAGCUUGCCGAAUAUCAGAUGACGAUAUUGCAGUUGCAAGAAUAG